CGAGGAGAUUAUCGACCCUCUGCCUCAGCGACAUGGCCAAUAAUGAAGGAUGAGGAGAAAAGGUCGGUCGCGCAGCGGAUGGUGACACUCAAGUAGAGGCUGCGGAGUUCACAGCCAUGAGAUCGCCGCAAGGCGCAAUUCAUCCCAUUGCGCGCUUAUGGAAAGUCUUGCGGCAGAUUCCAUCCUCUUAUGCAGAACCAACUGAGAAACCGAUCCACACCCAUCUAUCUUGGUUCUGCUCUAGGUUCGCUAUGGGAGGUUUGAUGCAAAGUUCGGGAACAUCCUUCGACCUUGCAAGAAGGCCGGUGCCAGGCGCACAUAGACUACUGCGUGUUCGCAAAAAUGUAUGGUGAUGCGCCCCGGAAGCAACAAGAAGAUGGCGGAAUGGGAGGAUUUGGCAUUACCACCGCAGCUAACGACCUUGCCGUGUCACUGUACCCCGGAUGAAGCAGGAUUUUUAAGUGU